UGAUAAUGUGUCUAAUAUUAGUGGAUCACUGUUAAGUGUUUCCAAAUCGUAGCCUAGUUAGUCUAACAUAAUAUAUUUCACUAAUGUUAUAAAAACACAUGACGUGUUUAUAAUUUUGUAGAAUAACGUCUACACAAAAAUAUUUCUAUUUAGGAUGCUAUUUUCAUUUAAGUCUGUAAGUGUAGUAGUGUUGGUGACGUUUGAAUAUUUAUUAUGCACAGUGCGCACAGAAACUUUCAGUAAAAUGACUGCACCACCAAAACACAAGGGUGUAUUCUUUAAGAAACAAACAGGGUUAAAUAAAACUAUACCAUACAGUGAAAAUCCAGGAAAGGAGAUGAUUGUUUUUGAUGUUGAUGGAACUUUAUGGCCGUACCAAAUUGACUCAGAUCCUAUAUUUCAAGAUCCAUUUAUUAUUAAAGGUUUAGACAACGGCACCGUGUUUGUCGGAAACCAAACCAUUCAUAUUUUCCCAGAAGUGGAAGAAACUUUGCUGGAACUCAUUGAGAAAGGUUACGUGUUGGCUGCAGUUUCCAUGACUAACAGCACCCAUAAAACGAUGGCAGUAUUGAAUGCUUUUGACCUUACAAAGCACUUCAAGCACAUGGAAAUGGCUCCAGGGCCUGAUAAGUUAUCGUUAGUGACAGAAUUGCAAGAAAAGUCUAACAUUGAUUAUGACUGCAUUUUGUUUUUGAUGUACACGUAUACCAGAAGUGAGAUCCACGGCCUGCUAGACUUGGACGUGUCCACACUUCCGGUGGGAGUGGAUGGUGUAUCCCGGGGUCUAGUAGCCAACGCCUUGUUCAUAUUCUCUACCAGGAAACGACCUGGAGACAUUGGGGACGAUGGCCCUCUGCCACCCACAACUGAGUCUCAAAUUCAGAGAAAGGACCGACUGCGACAGAAGAAAGAGGAGCAAAAGAAAAUCAAGAAACAUAAUAAAUCUAAAAACCCCAAGAGAAAAAAAGAGUCGCAACCGUUUAUAUAGAGUUUAAACGUUUGGUGUUAGUCUUGUUUUUCCACAAAUAUGUAGAAUAAGGACUUGUAUUUCACUUUGUUUAGCAAUAAUAGUGAGCUAAAAUGUUCCUAUGGAAUUUUAUAUACAUGAAUGUGUUAGAACAAUUGACUAAUAGUUGUAAAAUACUGCAAUUCUUGAAAAUAAAAAGUAAUUUUACUUAUAUAA